AUGGAUUUUCUCAUAAAUAAAACCCCCGUGGAGUUUUUUGGCAUUCCAGUUAAUGAUGACAUCUUGUUAAGUCCGCGUCCUGAGCAGCUUCUGGCGAUUGGAAAACAAUUCCUUGGUUCAGCAGAGGUGUAUGACGAUCUCCUUCGUCGUCUUAGCAGUGCCAAUAUGAAUGACAGUUAUGACAGUCACCCAAUAAAAAGCUUCUAUGAGGCUCUCGCGGGUUUGGAAAUCGAAAUUCAAGAUGAGUGCUUUAAAGUUCUUAUUGAGGGACUGAACGAGAUUGGCGUGUACAGAUUUGUGAUUGAACGACUUAAGAAAGGUAAAGAUGCUGUUUACAAACCAUUGAAUUCGAAUCCCGACGUGAAGAAAAUUGUAUCAGAAAAAGUGGAGCAUAAUUGGAUGACGCUGGCGAGAGAGCUGGGGCUUACAGACGGAAAAAUUGAUGCGAUCUCUAAAGAAGAGCAUAAUGAAUGUGGAGAAUGCUGUUAAAUAGCUCUACAAAAAUUUUGUGAAGAGAACGGGGCGUCGGCCACGAUUAGAAGAGUCAUGGUCGCACUGACUCGGAUAGGAUUAGACGACAUCAACAAUGACAUUGUAGAUUGUCUUAAGUUAAGGCGUCGAGCGCGUCCAGAUCAAAGUUAGACUCAGGGAGUUGAUAAAAUUGAAAGAAUUUAGCAUGCAAAUGGUAAAUUAAAGGACGUGUUUGUGGACUUCAUUCAAUGCACAACGCACCUUGUUACACACACAACGAAACGAAUAAUCACGAGAUGCCAAACUUGUCAGCUGGCUCAGGAAAACAUCACACCAACACUACCAUGGACAAAUAAAAAAUUUGCCUGAUUUGAACAUGAGACUUUGUCAUGCGCACACAUACGCAAACAAUUGGCUUUAGAUUAAGAUUGAUGGCUAAGGUUGAAAAAUCUUUGGUAAAUAUCCGUAAAGUUUGUAAUUUUUUUUAAAUGUAAGUUUGAGAUCUUUGGAUAUGGUUUUUAAGUCUGGCAAUUUGAUUUUAAACUACUUUUAUGCUGGAGGGAGAGUUUACCAGUCAGCUCCCUGCUUUUAUCCUCACAAGCGUUGCUGAACGUAAAAACAUUAAGUAAUUCACUCUUAAGCAUCGAUGGUCUCAAAAGUGGAAAUUCAGGAGAAGGAAAUUUCUGAAUUUCAACAACACUUUCUUCGAAAAUGAGGCCAGGUGCAAAAUCCCUCUUUAUGAGAACUAAAGACAUUUUCAUACCAAAAGUUUCGACUAGCUAAACUUACUCUUUUAACAUAUGUAAAUACUCGUAUGUAGAUCAGUAUUUGUACUACCACGAAUCAAGUUUUAGUCGGAAAAAUUGUACCAUAUGAAAAUAACACACUGACAAAUUGCUGUAAUUCAAAGAAUAUGGCCUACGAUAAGAGAUAAAAUAAUCUAUUAACAGAAAAAGUGAGCCACUAAAUAAGAAUGCUUGUAUGUAUUUUAA